CCACCACUUCCGAUUCAGCUGUUGCUCAUGCUCUCCAAGCUGAUGAAACUUUGCCGCAUUGCAAGUGCACGCCAGUUGUGAUUGUUUAUACGUACGCAAAAAAAGAUUCCCUAAGAUGUCGAAACGAGUACAACCGGCGUGGCAGGCUCCCAAGGCGGCGGAACGUCCAAAACUGAAACUGUUCAACAGCCUGACCCGCCAGAAGGAGGAGUUCGUGCCGCUGGACGGGAAUACUGUAACGUGGUAUAGCUGCGGGCCCACCGUCUACGACGCCUCCCACAUGGGGCAUGCAAGAUCUUACAUUUCGUUCGACAUUCUGCGGAGAAUUCUGGCGAAUUACUUUGGCUACAACAUCCACUAUGUGAUGAACAUUACAGACAUCGACGACAAAAUCAUCAAGCGUGCCCGGCAGAACCAUCUCUUCGAGCAGUAUGCCAGCGAGGCGGGGAAACUGCCAUUGGAGCAACUGCUUGGCCAGCAGAAGGAGGUGCUGCAGCGGUACGAGGCCACCUGCGCCAAGAACACAGAUCCGGACAAAAAGAUAAUGCUGGACAAGACUUUGUUGCGGAUGAACGAUGCUGUGGAUGGCCUUACCAAAGCGGUAAGCAAGGGAGACGAGAAGGAGAUAUCGGAGAAGCGGCUGCAUUACUUAAAUGAGGCAAAGGACCCCAUAGCCGACUGGCUGGAUGCUCAGAAAGGCGCCGGUAUCAACGACAAUGCGGUGUUUGAGGCUCUACCUAGGUACUGGGAAGAUCAGUUCCACAACGACAUGAAGUCACUGAACAUCUUACCACCAGAUGUUUUAACUCGUGUUUCGGAGUACGUACCUCAAAUUAUAGCCUUCAUUCAGAAGAUCAUCGACAACGGUCUGGCCUAUGCGGCGAAUAACUCGGUGUACUUCGAUGUAAAUGGAUUUGACAGGAAAGAAAAGCAUCAUUAUGCCAAGCUCGUGCCAGAGGCUUAUGGUGACACCAAGUCGCUCCAGGAGGGCGAGGGAGACCUGUCUGUAGCCGAAGACCGUCUCUCGGAGAAGCGGUCUGCUAACGAUUUCGCGCUAUGGAAAGCGAGUAAAGCGGGUGAGCCCUGGUGGGACAGUCCUUGGGGCAAGGGUCGUCCCGGCUGGCAUAUAGAAUGCUCUGCCAUGGCCUCGGAUAUCUUUGGACCUACUUUUGACAUCCAUACUGGAGGAGUGGACCUCAAGUUCCCCCACCAUGAUAACGAGCUGGCGCAAUCAGAGGCGGCUUUCAAUGAGUCUGAGUGGGUCAAGUACUUCCUUCACACGGGUCACCUCACUAUUGCCGGCUGCAAAAUGUCCAAGUCGCUGAAAAACUUUGUGACCAUCCAGGAAGCCCUAAAGAAGCAUUCCGCCACCCAGCUAAGGCUCGCAUUCCUUCUGCAUUCUUGGAAAGACACUCUAGAUUACUCGGAGAACACCAUGGAAAUGGCCACGCAAUUCGAAAAGUUCCUCAACGAGUUCUUCUUGAACGUGAAGGAUCUGACCCGCCAUGUGCUCUCUGAGGAGCCUCGCCGGCAAUUUGAUUCCUGGACUGAGGUAGAGGCAGCUUUACAGAAGAAGUUUUCCACAGCCCAGGAACAGGUCUAUGCUGCUCUUUGCGACAAUAUUGACACUCGCAGCGCGCUAGACAUCGUCCGGGAGCUGGUCUCCGCAUCAAAUGUGUACAUUCGGGACAAUAAGAGUCGACUUAAUAGCUUAUUACUUCGAAAUGUGGCCACAUACAUUACAGACUUGCUGCACGUUUUUGGUGCCAUUGCCGGUCCCCGUGGUGGCAUCGGAUUCCCCAUGAGCGGAGGCUCAGGAUCACAGGCUGCCGGCGCGGAUCUAGAAACGACGGUGCUACCUUAUGUCCAGUCCAUGGCUGAAUUCCGUAAUCUAGUUCGAGAGCAGGCCAAGGCACUAAAAGCCUUUGACAUUUUGAAGCUCUGCGAUGAUCUCCGCGACAAUGUGUUGCCCAAUCUGGGAGUGCGGUUGGAGGAUAAAGAUGGCGGGCAGUACGCUGUGAAAUUGGUGGACAAGGACUCGCUGCUGCGAGAACGGGAAGCCAAGCUGGCCGCUGAGGCAGAGAAAGCGGCUGAAAAGGAGCGCAAGAAGCAGGCAGCCGCCCAAGCAGCGGCAGCCAAAGAAGCUCAGCGGCGUGUGAAUCCAAAAGAAAUGUUCCUGGGGGAGACUGAGAAGUAUUCAGCAUUUGAUGAAAAUGGUCUGCCCACACUCGACAAGGAAGGAAAGGAGGUAAGCAAAGGACAGAUCAAGAAACUGCAGAAACUUCAGCAGCAACAGGAGCAACGCUAUAAGGAGUAUUUGGCCUCCAUCAACACGGCCUAGAACCCUAAGAUC